AUGGGAUUUCUCCAAAAGAUUGUCAAGAACGAUGCGAUGAAGGAGGACNCCNCCGAGAUCUAUGGAUGGAAAGUUUAUUUUCUAGCUUUCUCAGUAUGUAUCCAUGCCAACUCACNNAAAUACGGUCUUGAUGGUCUUUCACCUAUUCAGAGAGCCGAUCUCCAGGCAAACAUCGUAUCUACCUUGCAAUGUGGUUGUUUUGCAGGUGCUCUCGUUGCCUCAUAUGUUGCCGACCGACUGGGUAGACGCAUGGCUCUUCUUAUUGCCGCCGUGGUUGUCACAAUUGGCUGCAUCUUUCAAGCAGCUGCUAAUGGUCACAUCGCUAUGAUGUAUGUCGGUCGUCUGAUUGCUGGUUUUGGAGUUGGCAAAGCAUCAAUGGUCACUCCUCUAUACAUCUCGGAGAACGCACCUAGAGCCAUACGUGGUGGUCUCACUGGUAUCUAUCAACUCUUCAUCGCAACUGGUACCAUGCUUGCGUUCUGGGAGUCACCAAGGUGGCUAGCACGCAAAGACCGCUGGGAUGAAGCCUCCGCAGUCUUGUCCAACGUCAGAGCGCUUCCUUCUUCCCAUCCAUAUGUCCAGAUGGAACUUCGUGAGAUGCAGGAGCAACUCGAUCACGAGAGGGCUUUGAUAGGUGGUGCCUCUUUCAUGGAUUUGAUGAGAGAGAUGUGGACUAUUCCUGGAAACAGAAAGAGAGCUAUCAUCACCAUUUGGCUUAUGAUAACUCAGCAGAUGACCGGCACCAAUGCAAUCAACUACNUACUGAUCUACAACCUCACAUGCAGUUCUCCACAGAUCUUCCAGAACUUGGGAUUGUCUAGUACAGAUGCUGGGUUGUUUGCGACUGGAAUUUAUGGUGUCGUGAGUAUCAUAUCGGUUGGCACAAAAAUGAGACUGAUCAAUGUAUCCAGGNUCAAAAUGACCAUGUGCGCUUGUUUCCUGCUUUUCGCCGCCGAUUCUCUUGGUCGUCGUAGAUCUUUGCUGUGGACAUCCAUCGCUAUGGGUUGUGCUAUGCUCUACGUCGGUCUAUACGUCCGAAUCAAGCCUCCGGUCAAAGGCGCCGCUAUCCCUGGAGCAGGAUACAUGGCACUGGUCUGUAUCUACCUUUUCGCGGGCUUUUUCCAAGCUGGAUGGGGUCCGGUCCCAUGGAUCUACAUCUCAGAGAUUCCCACUGCCAGGUUGCGUGGUGUUAAUGUUGCUCUGGGUGCCGCUACUCAAUGGGUACGAGAUUGCGCUACUUGGUUGCAUACAAAGCUGACAAGUCAACACAGCNUGUUCAACCUGGUUGUGGCCCGUGCAGUCCCGAACAUGCUAGCCACAAUGGGAAAAGCAGGCUACGGCACUUUCCUAUUCUUCUCUGCAGCCUGUUUCCUUUCCUUCCUGUUUGCCUGGUUCUUCAUCCCUGAGACCAAAGGGUUGUCCCUCGAGAAAAUGGAUGAUCUCUUCGGCGUCACCGAGCAGGCUAGGAAGAUGGACGAUGAGGAAGGCGCUCAUGAUAUCACACCUCCCAAAGACUUUGAGGGUGAGAAGACACAGCACGUUGAAGUUUCGCAAGUGAACAGCAACACAAAGCAUUGA